AUGGCUCGACCAAAGAGGAACCCAAAUUUUUCAACUGCAGAAAUUUCUAUAUUGACUGAAGAAGUGGAGAAAAGGAAGAACGUGAUAUUCUCCAGACAGAAUUCAUCUGUGACAAAUCAGGCGAAAAAGGGAGAAUGGGACUUAAUCUGUGAGAAAGUUAAUGCUGUAAAUACUUCUCAUUUACGUACAGCAGAUGAACUAAAAAAGAAAUGGAGUGUUCUAUGUAGUGAGACAAAGAAAAAAAUUUCAAAAUUAAAGCGCGAGCAAGUGAGGACUGGUGGCGGUCAACUGCCAGCGGAUUGCAGCGUGACCCCAAUGGAGGACAAAAUACAGUCCAUUAUUGGAGAAACUGCAUUAUCUGGAGUUGAUGGGGGCAUUGACACUCUUGAAGGUAAUUCUGGAUAA